AUGAACAAGUCGACAAGAUCAAGACGUAAGAAGAAGGUGAAGAAUCUUGACCGUAGUGAAAGAAAGACUGCCAAAACGGGAGGAUUGGGGAAGAGCGAACGGAAGAAGAAAGCGAAAAAGAAGGAUCAAAGUGAAAGAGGAAAUCGGAAAAAGAAGUUAGAUAUAACUGGAACAACUGGAGGGUCGACUGGUGGAUCGACUGGAAGUGGACCGGAGAUCGGAAUAGCGAUCGAUGGAGAAGGUUGCAAUAAACUGGAAAGAAGAGCGAAGGAAAAAGAGAAAGAAAAGGAGAAAGAGCAAUGGAGUGGAGAGAAUAUGGCAAAGAAAAUGGUGGCGAGUGGAGCUUUCGAUGCCGCCGCCAUUGCCGACAUCUUCAAGCGUCUUCCAAACGAUAAACCGUCUCUUUCCAAUUGCACCUCUUUCAAAACCAAUAUCCAGAAAGUGAGAGCUCCAGACUGUCCAAUCCCAGAUGAGAAACUCAUCAAACUCACUCAUGCACCUGGAAAUUUCAUUUGCGCCGCGAAGGUUACUGUACCAGAAUUCAGUCGGACAAUGAUUGUGACUCAAGUACCAGAUGUAUCUGUUCCAACAAACAUUGAAGACUUCUGGAGAAUGAUAUUUCAGGAGGAGAUUCAUUCAGUAGUCAUUGCAAUCAUGCCACUGGAAUGUUCAGUAACUCUUCAACAAAUCUUCCCAUUGCUGAACGGAACAUAUUCGAAUCAUGGAAAGAUGUUUCUGAAUAAUAAGAAAGUGGAAUCGACAGUUGCAAUGACUGCAUACACAUUGGAGAUCCUUCCAGACGGUUGUUCCAAUUCUCUCUUCACUACCGUAUACCAUAUCCAUAAUUGGAAACAAAAAAGAGGAUUGGAUAAUGUUGGAGAUUUGGUGACCACUCUUGAGAAAGUCAUCAAGACAAACGAGAACACUGUCCUAAUGAGUAUGAAUGGAACCGGUCGUGCUGGAACUAUGUUGGCUCUUUUCAACUCAAUGCUUUUUGUUAAUAAAGGAAAAGAAGUGAACACGAAAGAGAUUGUGGAGAAAUUGAGAGCAGAACGAUGCGGUCUCAUUGAUAAUGCCGAACAAUACGGAACGGUGUACAGAGCAAUGGCGUUUUGGUUUAAAAGCAAGUCUGCGGACGAGGAGAUUCAGAAGAAGAUUAACGAAUUUGCACCCUGUGUUCAAUGA